CGCACCGAGCUCCCCGGCGCUGCCAUCCUCGCCUCCGCCGCCCCGGCGGCUCCGCGCAGCGCCCGCGCAGCGGGUCGGCAUCUUCAUGGGCUGCCACCAUGCUUGGGCCCUGGAGAUUUCGGGCGAAGAUGAAGAGCACUGACAGCCAUCGCUGCUUAUAAUCAGUAACUCUGAUGUUUGGAGUGUUGGCAAUGAGAUAUUUUCAUGAGACCUAUUUAGAUCUCUCCACUUCUACCAGGCUAGUUUUGCAGAACAUUGGGAAUAAGCGCUAUGUCAGAUAUGGAUGAGACUCCGAAGAUGACCUGCAUGUUUUACAUUUUUCACAAAUUUUGGGAAAUAAAAUGUAUGCUUGCUGCUCUACAGUAACUUUGGAACAGGACCUCAACAAAAAAAUGCAUAUCUGGAUGCUGCAGACGAUCGCAUUUGCUUUAACAUCACUAGUCCUUUCCUGGGCAGAAAGCAUCGAGUAUUAUGGGGAAAUCUGUGAUAAUGCGUGUCCUUGUGAGGAGAAGGACAGCAUCUUAACAGUGAGCUGUGAAAACAGAGGGAUCAUCAGCCUUUUUGAGAUCAGUCCACCGAGGUUCCCUGUUUACCACCUCUUGUUGUCUGGGAACCUUCUGAACAGGCUGUACCCAAACCAGUUUGUCAAUUACACGGGGGCUUCGAUUUUGCAUCUGGGGAGCAAUGACAUACAAGACAUCGAAACUGGGGCCUUUCAUGGUCUGAGAGGUUUAAGGAGGCUGCACUUGAACAAUAACAAGUUGGAACUUUUACGGGAUGACACUUUCCUUGGGCUAGAGAGUUUGGAAUACCUACAGGUCGAUUAUAAUUACAUUAGCGUCAUUGAACCCAAUGCCUUCAGCAAACUGCAUCUGUUGCAGGUGCUGAUUCUCAAUGAUAACCUCCUCUCCAGUUUGCCCAACAACCUUUUCCGUUUUGUGCCCUUAACUCACCUGGACCUGAGGGGUAACCGGCUGAAGCUGCUGCCCUAUGUGGGCCUCCUGCAGCACAUGGAUAAAGUGGUGGAGCUGCAGCUGGAGGAGAACCCCUGGAAUUGCUCUUGUGAGUUGAUUGCUCUGAAGGAUUGGCUGGACAGCAUCUCAUACUCCGCACUGGUGGGAGAUGUGGUUUGCGAGACCCCUUUCCGCUUACAUGGUCGAGACUUGGAUGAAGUCUCUAAGCAGGAGCUUUGCCCCAGGAGGCUCAUCUCUGAUUAUGAAAUGAGACCUCAGACACCACUGAGCACUACAGGGUAUUUCCACACUACCCCGGCCUCGGUCAACUCUGUGGCCACUUCUUCUUCAGCUGUUUACAAAUCUCCCCUGAAGCCCCCCAAAGGGACCCGCCAACCCAACAAGACAAGGGUGCGCCCCACCUCCCGCCUGCCCUCGAAAGACCUGGGAUACAGCAACUAUGGCCCCAGCAUUGCCUACCAGACCAAAUCCCCGGUGCCUUUGGAGUGCCCCACUGCCUGCACUUGCAACUUGCAGAUUUCUGACCUGGGCCUCAAUGUCAAUUGUCAGGAGAGGAAGAUUGAGAGCAUUUCUGAACUGCAGCCCAAACCCUAUAAUCCCAAGAAGAUGUAUUUGACGGAAAACUACAUUGCGCUGGUACGCAGGGCAGAUUUUGUGGAUGCCACUGGGCUGGAUUUGCUGCAUCUGGGCAAUAAUCGGAUCUCGGUCAUUCAGGACCGGGCUUUUGGGGAUUUAACUAAUUUGCGAAGGCUGUACCUGAACGGGAACCGGAUCGAGCGGCUGAGCCCAGAGCUGUUCUAUGGGCUGCAAAGCCUGCAGUACCUCUUCCUGCAGUACAACGUCAUCAGGGAGAUAGAGGCAGGCACCUUUGAAUCCGUCCCCAACCUUCAGCUCUUGUUUUUGAACAACAAUCUGCUGAGAUCUUUGCCAGGGAACAUUUUUUCUGGUCUGUCUCUCUACAGGCUGAGCCUGCGGAGCAACCACUUCUCCUACCUGCCGGUGAGCGGGGUGCUGGACCAGCUGAAAUCCCUGCUGCAGAUCGACCUGCACGAGAACCCCUGGGACUGCACCUGCGACGUGGUGGGCAUGAAGCUGUGGCUGGAACAGCUCAACACCGGCGUCCUGGUGGACCAGGUGAUCUGCGAGUCCCCUAAGAAGUUUGCCCAGAGCGACAUGCGGGCCGUCCGGGCGGAGCUGCUGUGCCCCGACUACUCGGACAUCGUCGUCUCCACGCCCACGCCGUCCCCGGGCCAGCUGCCGGCCAGGACCACCCCCUCCUCCUCCACCGUGCGCCUCAAUGGCACGGCGGCGGCGGCGGGCGGCUCCGCGCCCGCGGGCGGCGCCGGCGGCGGCAGCUCCUCGGUGCCGCUCUCGGUGCUGAUCCUCAGCCUGCUGCUCGUCUUCAUCAUGUCCGUCUUCGUGGCGGCGGGGCUCUUCGUCCUGGUCAUGAAGCGGCGCAAGAAGGGCCAGGGCGACCACGCCAGCGCCAACAACUCCGACGUGAGCUCCUUCAACAUGCAGUACAGCGUCUACAGCGGCGGCGGCCACCACCACCACCCGCACCUCCAGCAGCACCCGCCCCACCGCGGCGGCGGCGGCGGCGGCGGCGGCGGGGGCGCGGCGCUGCCCAAGGUGAAGACCCCCGCCGGCCACGUCUACGAGUACAUCCCGCACCCGCUGGGCCACAUGUGCAAGAACCCCAUCUACCGCUCCCGGGAGGGCAACUCGGGCGAGGAUUACAAAGACCUUCACGAGCUCAAGGUCACCUACAGCAGCCACCCGCUGCCGCCCGGGGGGGGCGCGCCGCCGCCCCCGCCGCCCGCGGCGCCCGGCGGGGAGGAUGCGCCGGCGCGCAGCCCCGCGUACAGCGUGAGCACCAUCGAGCCGCGGGAGGAGCUGCUCUCGCCGGUGCAAGACGCCGACCGCUUUUACAGGGGCAUUUUGGAGCCCGACAAACACUCCCCCUCCACGCUGGGCACCCCCGGCUCCACCCUCCCCGACUACCCCAAGCUCCCCGCCGCCUACACGUACUCGCCCAACUAUGACCUUAGGCGUGCCCACCAGUACUUGCACCCGGGGCCGGGGGACGCCAGGCUCCGGGAGACGGUGCUCUACAGCCCCCCGAGUACUGUCUUUGUAGAGCCCAACAGGAACGAGUAUCUGGAGCUAAAAGCAAAACUAAACGCAGAGCCGGACUACCUCGAAGUGCUGGAAAAACAGACCACAUUCAGCCAGUUCUGAGAAACAGCCCCCCCGCCCCCCGUCCCCUCGCCAGUCUCAGCAGCUCCUUCUCUAGAGUAUUUGUAUUUAACAACCACACGCAAAACAAAGAAACGUAAAUGCUGACCUCCCUACACACACACACCUCGCCCCCCCCGCCUCUUUUUCCCCCUUUAAUUCAUUUUAUUGUAGGGUGAAGUGCCUUGGCACAGGACUUUUCAGCUUCGGGGAAUGAUUCUGAAAGGGUGUGCUGUUCAGUUUGGUUUGUUUUUGGUUUUUCUUUUCUGUUACUGCAUUUGGAAGUCGGAGAACGCCUAUUGUGUAAAAUGGGCACAGCACUGGCAUUGUGCGGGUGUCCAUGUGUGUUUGGGGAAGGUGGCAGGAGGUUUCAUGGUUUCUUGUCAGGUCACAUUCAGGAUUCAGGUCGUGCUUUUUUUUUUUUUAUUUCCCUUUUUUUUUUUUUUCAGACAUUCUUUAGUUUAAUUUUCUCUCUGGUUGAAGAGUACAGCGCACAUUUUCCCCUUUUAGCCAUGGGUGAGUCUAAAUGGCUUUUAUGGAGAGAUUAGCACACCCCGACUUUAAUACAAGGUUUCCUUUUUUUAAGGAUGUGUUUGUAUACUUUCUGGACUUUUGAAUUAAAAAAAAAUAUAUAUUAUGAUCUUUAAAGGGAUCACUGUAGAUGUGGACAAAUCAUUAAAGAGUGCAGAGAUAUAUGAUCCAUAACUGGUUAGUGAAAAUAACUUAUUGAUGAAAUAUAAAAAAAUAUUUUAUUGUAGCACCUAUUUUUAUAUGCACAUUAGCAUUUCUCUUUCCUUCACUAUUUUAGGGCCUAAUCUUGCAAAUUUUUAACUCACUUGAGUAUCUCUGUUUGUGAAAGAAGUCCCAGCUUAGGCCUUCAUCCUACAGGCACUUAAGCACAUGGACAACUUUACCCAUGCGUGUAGUUCUGGUGACUCACUCAUUGGGCAAAGUUUGUCAGAAGCCCAAAAAAUUAGGAAAGAGGAUGCAGAAUUCUUCUUACAAUUAAAAAUACUGGAAUGUUUGAGUGUUUCUUUCUUUCCUUUUUUUUUUUUUUUUUUUUAGGAUGGGGUCCAAAGGUUGUGGAUUGCUUUAAAGUAUUGCACUACAGUGAGAGCUUUUUUCCCAAAUCUGAUAUAGUAUCAGAAGGACCUUUGAAAUCUCUAUAGAUAAUGCCAGUUAUGACCAAAUCUUAACAGACAAUCGGAGACAUAAAAUCUGAUCACAAUAGGAAAAAUAUCAUGUUUCUCUAUUGAAACAAUGUGUCUUUUAGCAACCUCCUGCUCAGGAGUCUGGUUGGGCAAACUAGUGAGGGACAUGUAGAAGGCAUUCAUUUUAUCAGUAAAAAAAGGUUCAUUUUUGAUUUGUCGGUUUCAUUUUUUUCUUUUUUAAAAAAAAUUUGUAUUAGUUAACCAAAAUAUAAUGAUUUUGCAACUGUUGUAGCCAGUUUAUGAUUGUUUAGUCGAUUACAAUUGCACUUGUACAGAUCCACAUGUUUACUGGUAUCCUGAAAGACCAAAUGAUGGACUGUACACAUCUCUAUAAAAUGUCUUUACCCCUUUGGGCAGCAGGCAAUGGCAAGGAUAUUCAUAAACACAGCAUCACUGUAAGAUGGGACAAUUGAUGUCUCAUAUGUAUCCCAGCACAUGUGAUUUUUUAAUAGUUUCUGAAUAAACACUUGGUAAAUAUUUCAAAUGUAA